UCUCCAGAGACAGAACUCAUCCUGAUUUGGAAGUCUUCAGCAAUGGAGCUGCCAUUGAGUCAACAUUCCUUCUCAGGCAAACUCCUGCUCCUGGUGGUAUCAAGCUUGCUGUUGUGGGAAAAAGCUGCAUCAAUUCCUGCAUGUCUUGCGGAAGAGGGCGGCUGCUGGAACCCCCUUGUGGAAACAUUUAACAGUGCCAUCCAUAAAGCUGAGACGCUCUAUGACCUUGCUAAUCAGAUACAUGUAGAGCUCUACCAAAACAAAUUCUCAUCUGAACAGUUUUCAUCUCUUAAUUCACAAGUGAUUAGGAAAGACAAGACUGCUCUCAGAGCUGGAAGUUACUGCCAUUCAACUCUCAUAAACACCCCAAAUAAGGAAAAUGAACAUAUAAAUAUUGAAAUCAAAGAGUAUGUAAAAACUUUGAUCAAUUUUGUGGGUGCCUGGAUCAGCCCUCUAUACCAUCUAGUGCUUGAAUUGAGUGCCAUGCAAGAUGUCCCAGAAUCUAUCCUCUCUAAAGCCAAGGAAAUUGAAGAGAACAACAGACAACUCCUGGAUGACCUUAAGUGGAUACUCAUCAAGGUCUCUCCUACAGAAGAGAUGAAGGAAGAAUUUCCCAGCUGGGAACACCUUUCUUUCUUAAAAUCAAGUGGCGAAAAAUCUAAGUUUUUGGCAAUGUUUAAUCUUUCAAACUGUCUAGGCUAUGAUGCAAAGUACACUCUAUUAAAUCUCAGGAUAUUAAAAUGUCUCACAACUGGGAAAGAUUGCUAAGUGCACAUUUACCAUGUAUGCUUUGGAGAUGCUCUAUGACAGUUCAUUCCUGUAUUGUAAAUUGUAUACUUUUCAAAUGCAUAUGUGGGUAUAGUGUGACUCCUUUAAAAAAAUUCCCUUUGGAAAUGCCCAAAUCUAAAAAGUCUUUCCUUCUUUUAUUCAUUGAAUAAAAUAUAUACCAAUAAAGUUUGGUUGAUCCAAUAGAAUAUUUCACAAAUAAUAGAUGUUAAUCUAAAAAAACAUUAAUGUUUACAUCAAUAAAGUCACAUUUAUUUCACAUAAAA